AUGAAUACUGCAAGUCCAUCAAAUGAUCCUCCCAUGUACGGCGCCUUGCAAAUCCAAGUAGUACAUUCAAAACUUACCCUGAAAGAGCUGAUACAUGACGGAUGGAUGGGUAAUAACUGCGGCGAGGUUGAUCAUCCGGAUUCAAUGCGCACAGGUGUACUUGAUACUGCGAGAGCCGCGACAGAGGGGCAUCCUCGGGCAAUCUGGGAAAAGGCCAUCGGGCUUGGCCUACGUGAUGAACCUAUCUACAAGCCCUUGGGCCUGGGGUUAUUUGUGCCCUAUUUAGUGAACUAUAUGAUGGUCCACACUGGUCAGAGAUAUCGUCCCUAUGAAACAGAAGAACUAAGAUAUGUCUUCCGUGUUCAUGUGGUAAACGAUGAAACCCAUGAUUUUGUCGGAGAUCUAUACACAAAGUUCGACUAUUAUUGGCCGAACAUGCAAGCACGGAACUGGGAGCGCGGCUCGCACGAAUACCACGACCUGCUUGACACGCCCAAUGUGCGGGGGGUUGUAACCCUUGUGCUAGGAGAGUUUGCUCGAGGGACAAGGAGACGAAAUGCUGGUAGAGGUUAA